CACACUGACCCAGACACUCGACUCUCGAACGAAUCGGUCGCGGUUGUUUUACGGUUUUUUGUUUGUCUAUAGGAAAGCCCUUUCGCACCGGAGGAAAACGAAAAUGCGCUCGGAAAGUCAGUCGUAGACUUGGCGAAAAUAGCGGUUGCAGCGGCAAACUUCUAACUGUUUUCUAACCGGAAAAGGAAUGCGCGAACCAAUUGGAAGUGCAGUUCGAAGUGCGAGCAUAUAAGUGUCAGAUUCGGUGCAAAAAUAAGCGAAUAAUUGUUUGCGAUUUCCCGAGGAAAACGGAAAAUUAAGCGUCUGUCUGCCAGCCCACUGUGUGCGUGUGUGUACGUGUGUCUGUGAGUGUAUAACAUAACAGAAAACAAAACAACAACAACAACAGCAGCAGCAGCAACAACAAGGCAGUCAGGAUCAACGGUUCUGGGGUAGUUUGUUUGAGUUUGAACAAAGCAAAGAAAAGCAAAUGCAAAAGCAAAGCACACGAAACUGGGCGUAAGAAGGAGAGAGAGGAAAUAGAGGGGAAUAACGGGAGAAUACACCCCGCUCGCACUCACAACCGCUUCUAUCCUUUGUGUGCGCUUUUGCCGCCUGGAAAUGCAAUGCUAGAACAACAACAACACCGUGACCGCAGAAGUGCAAGCAUCAACAUCAUCGCCUAAUUGUCUGCAACAUCGUCGGCCGAAAAAUCAAGCAAGCUGCAUAAAGUCGCCCUGCGAUAUUUUACAGUCGGAAGUGCACCAUCACAACAAGCAACACAAGAAUAUAAUGAGGAAAAUAAAUAAUCAAAAGUAAAAGUCAUCCAAGUAAACUGAUACCGAGCAAUUGAACGACGAACGAAACCAAUCGAUAUCCAUCCCUACCAAACCAGCUAACACUAAGAAACAUGGAUCUAAGUCUGGAACGCGAUAGCUCCGCGCUGGGUAGUCUAUUUCAGCAGAUUAUCAAUGACAUGAAGAACACUUCGCCCCUGUGGGAGGAUUUUGUGGCUAAGGCCGGAAAACUGCACACUUGUUUGAGGGCCGCCAUCCAGGCAAUCGCCGCCUAUUUGGAUGCCUUCCAAAAGAUAGCCGAUGCGGCGACCAACUCAAGAGGCGCCUCGAAGGAGAUCGGCACCGCCCUAACCCGCGUUUGCCUCCGCCACAAGGCGGUGGAGACGCGUCUGAAGACCUUCACCAGCACCAUUAUGGAUUGCCUGGUGCAGCCGCUGCAGGAGAGGAUCGAGGACUGGAAGCGCACGGUGGCCACCAUCGACAAAGACCAUGCCAAAGAGUAUAAGCGCUGUCGCAGUGAACUGAAGAAGCGUUCCAGCGACACACUGCGCCUGCAGAAGAAGGCGCGCAAGGGUCAGACGGACGGAUUGCAGUCCCUGAUGGACUCGCACAUGCAGGAUGUUACCCUGCGCCGGGCAGAAUUGGAGGAAGUCGAGAAGAAAUCCUUGAGGGCGGCCAUGGUGGAGGAGCGUCUGCGCUACUGCAGCUUCGUCCACAUGCUUCAGCCAGUGGUGCACGAGGAGUGCGAGGUCAUGUCAGAGUUGGGUCACCUACAGGAAGCCAUGCAGUCAAUUGCCCUAGUAACCAAGGAGCCUAGUGUUCUGCCCCAGGCCUCCGAGGAGCUUAUCCAUGACGCUAAGGCCAGCAUUAAUCUGUACCCGGAGUCCCCGGGUGGCGGUUCCGGCUCGCAGGGCGGCGGCUGCUCCAACUCGCUGGGUUCCCGAAAGAGCUCCGUCUGCUCCAUCAGCAGUAUGAACAGCAGCGGCUCGAGCAACUCGCCCGGUCACCAUCACUAUCCGCGCUCCCUUUCGCAGUUUGUAACGCCCGCAAUUCGCUUGAAACCUGGUGAAUCCAGUGAUAGUGGCUUUUGCUCAUCGCCAGCUUUAACAACACAGACUUCGAAUGCAACGAACCAGACGGCAAAUGUCUCCACCUGGCCCCCACAUUCCCAGGAUGGCGUCGACACCCUGCCACCGACCGCUGACCGUCCGCACACGAUUUCGACGGCAUACGAAAAGGGUCACCAGCGUCCGCCGCUGACCGUCUACACGUUCCAAAACCCGGAGACCAUUCACGAGUCGGGCAGCUGCCUGAACAACGGAACAGCAGCCCCGAAUGGACAGCCGUUAUCCGGACAAGCCACUCCGGCCACCCAGAAAUCACCGGCUGCCUCACUUAGCCGGCCUCCUUUGCCAGUUCGCUGCUCGUCGUUGGAGCGACCCCUUUCGGCCCAGAGUAACCACCGCCAGGGUAGCGGGAAUAACCUGCUGCAGCGCCAGUGCCCCUCGCCGAUUCCGGCUCAUAUCACGAAAGGUACUCCCAGUGGCAGCAGCUUAGGUCCUGGGUCCGGUUUGGGAUUUGUCUACCAGGUCAGCUCCCCGACGCCUCCCUCCAGCGAGGUGCUGAAAAUCACCGAGCAAGCCGCUGCAGGACAGGAUCAGGGUCCAGCCAACAGCGUAGCGGACGAGACGGAUGAGCGAUCAAGGGCCUCAGUCCUGCAGAAGGCUUCAAUGUUCGAAAAGGCGGCAGCAGCGGCAGCGGUAUCGCCCCCAGCUCCCAUGCAGAUUGCAUCCGGUUCCCCAGCUUCGGGAGGCGGAACUCGACGAUCCGAGGCGGAGCAGCAGGAAAUGGACAAGUCUUUCGAAGAUUCAAUACAAGCACUAAAUAAUUUAAUUGGCGAACUAGACUCGUUCCAACGCGAGAUCGAUGAGGGCAAGGUCAAACCGCCGAGCAACAUCAUAAGCGGCAGCACCACCAGUAGCAACAACAACAAUACGACGACCAGCAGCAUCAGCAGCAGCGACAACAACAACCUGCCCGCCACCAGCAACAUCGAGCCAUGCGCCAUCAGCAAUCAGACGAACUCGAGCGGCUGCGGCACGGACAUAUCCGACACCACGUCCGACGAACUGGCCGGCGACGAUAUGGACGUCAGGCGGCGGGAUCGGGAUCGGGACCGGGAUCUGCUGGGCGCCAGCGAUUCGGAGCUGAGUCGCUGCUAUGUGAGCGAGACGAGUUCGCUGACCGGUGGCCUAACGGCCGGCGGCUACGAGAAUCCCACUUUCGCGCACUUUGCGGCCAAUGCCAAUCGGGAGGACGCUGUUUCGCUGGCCUCCGACAGCGUUUGUCUCGGCCAGCCACGCCACGCCUAUGUGGAUACCUGCAGCGACAGCGGCAGUGCCGUGGUGGUGAUCUACGACCACCAGAUUCCCAACACACCCGACAUUGAGUUCGUGAAGCAGAACUCUGAGAUUGUAGUGCUGCGGACUAAGGAUCCGCAGCCCCACGCGCUGCAGCUGCACGAGAUGCGCGAGCUGCAGCAGUUGCCCGCCAAUUUGGCCGGUUCGCCGGACUCCUCGCCGGACUCUGCCGGUGGCCAGGCACCGCCAACAGCAACUGUGGCGCCCGCCAAGCAGCGACUCUCCUCGUUUCGCGCCACCAGUGAGCAGCAGUUGCAGCUCCUCGGACGCGGUAGCCCGCAAAGAGGUAAAACACCCAGUGAGCAGGCGGUACAAAGCAGGCCACAGGACCAGCAUUUUCCACAGACACAACAGCAGGAUAUUGAUGGCAGUAGUCCACCAGUAGAACUUGCAAGGCGCCAGCUGCCCCCCAAGCCCACCAGUUUGAGUAUUUUUAACGGCCCCGUGCCCACUGCGGGCGAUAGGCCUGUCGUGCCGCGAAAGUCGGACUUUAAGGCUGAUCUAGAUGCUAAAAUACGCAGGCAAAAGCAGAAGGUUAAACAGCAGUUGCAGCAGCAGCAGCAGCAACAGCAGCAAGAGCAGCAAGAAACGCAGCAGCAGCAGCAAGCACCACAAGAACAGCAACACUCACCACAGUCGCCCCAAACCAGAAACUGUAAUGUCACUAAUCAACAAGCCGCCAAUAUUACUGCAUCAGCAUCUGCAUUUGCAACCGCAACAGCAUCCACAGACCCGUACCCGAAUCCAAAUCAUAGAAUGCCAAACCAAAAUCAGACAGCCACAUCCAAUCACACGCAGUGCAAGACGCCCACAAUGGCAUUGUCACCGUCAUCACCUCGCGGCCAUUUGCCAUUAUCAUCGUCAUCGCUAUCGUCAUUACCAUUACCAGCCACCACUUCAUCACCAUCAAAUGCCCGGCCAUCGAUGUUGCCCGCCAGUGACCGACCACCCGCCCAUCCAUAUGUGUGCUCCAAUGCCCCAGCCAAUCCCCACCACGCCAAUAGCAUUUCCAAUGCCAAUGCCCAUCUCAAGCCGUGCAUUACGCCCCGGCCGGCUUCUUUGUCGGGAGGAGCAGCCGGCGGUGGCUCCACGCGCAUCGGGCGUCGAUCGUCCAUUAAUCAGUCCAAGCCACCGCCGCCAGUCAGACGCAGUUCGUCGGUGACCCCCAGUCCCAAUGCCUCGGUCGGGCUGCAGCAGCAACCACAGCACGCGACUCUGUCGCAGCAGAAUCACCAACUAAGCAGCUCCAGCGAGCACUUACCGCCGCCACCGCCAUUCAUGCUGGACGCCAUGCCCCAGAUUCCCAGCUCAGCGCUGAAGGUAUCGGAGACGGUAAGAGCCCUGGCAGCCAUGCGGCACCAGCCAGCAUCACCUGUGUCCCUCAGACGCAUGCAGCAGCAACAGCAGCAGCAGCUUCAGCAGCAACAGCAGCAACAGUCUGCGCACAACUCCCCCCUCAAAGAGGACCUGACCGUGUACUACGACUCCUACUUGGAUCUGCACGCCUAUGCCCAGGCCUUGGCCAGCGGCCAACAGCCCGGCGGUCAGCAGAUGGCCAACCAGCAACGCUUUACCCUCCAGCAGCAACAUCAGCAUCUGCAUCAGCCACAGCAACCGCCUGUCUACCAAGUCGAUGCCACGUUCCGCACCUCAUCACCAGCCGCGGGCGGAGGGGGUGGCGGCGGCAUAUACGCCCAGCCCAAACUGGUCAACAGCAUGUCCAGCUUCCGCACCAGCAGCCCCAGUCCCAACGGACAUGCUCACCCACUGCCACCGACACAGCCAAAGGCGAAUCCGAACCUAAUUGCACAGCUCAAUGCACGACUCAGCGGCAAACAGCAGCAGCACCAACAGCAGCAGCAUAUCGAGGGGAUCUACGGCAACCAGCAGGCGCCCGGAGGAGAGUCGAUCUACAUGCGGAGUGGCCUGUCCAUGUCGCAGCCGCAACAGCAGCAACACUUUGACGCGACCUCUGGCUCGGCCAGUUCGCAUUAUCAGCCACCUCAGCCGCCGAAUGCAGCAGUUGCUAACAGCAAAGACAUGGCCAUCUACUCAAGUUCGUUUACCAAAAAUCCAGCAGCUGCGCAAUCGCCGAACAUGAGACAGGCUCAUUCCCAUCAGCACCACCAGCCGCCGCAGCAGCAGCACUACACCUGUCCGCCUCCUCUGGAGGAUCCCCCACCGCCGCCCAUUUACGCCGCCGGUGCAUCGGCCACGAUGCCCAAGAAGAUGGCCCGUCCGCCCACUGGCCAGAACGCGACUCACUCGAGCGCCUAUGCAGCAGCCUCGUCUACGGCCACGCUGCCCAAGAAUAUGAUGCAGCAGCAGCAGCGGUUGCAGCACCAGCAGCAGUAUCAACAGCCGGCAGGCAUGGGCAUUGGCAACGGCAAUGGGCACCUAGGUCAGCGUCCGCAGUUGCCGCUGCCCCAGCAGAAGCUUAGAGCUGCACAGCAGCAGCACUUGGCGGAGCAGCAGCAUCAGCAACAGCAAGAACAGCAGCAGCACCACCAGCAGCACCAACAACACCAGCAACGCCAGCCGCCCAUUCCUUCACGCCACUCAAGUGUGCAGCAAAAGAUAUUCGUAUCAACGAAUCCAUUCAUACAGACAACGGCCGUCAAGUUUCACUCGCCCUCGGCCUCGCCCACGUGCGGCUCGCCCGUUACUGGGUCCUUGGCUAGCAUUUAUGCCACAACCUCGCGUGGCGGCCACCAUCACCAGCAGCAGCAGGCUCAGCAGCAGCAGCACUACUAUCGCGAUGCUGCCGGGGGCAACAGCAACGGCGGCGCUGCCUACUAUAACCACAAUGCCCAUGCCCAUUCCCAGGCACAUCAUCCAAACUAUGCCACAAGCACAAAUAUCGAAAAGACUGGCAGUAUUCGUGCCAAGACCAAGGCCGAAUUCCUCGAGAAUCUCAACGCGAAGCUGGCGAAGCAGGGAAUGUCUGGACGAGCAUUUGCCGUGCGAAAUCUCAUCAACAGCAAGGCCCUGAUGUAUCAAAAUCCGCAAAAACUAUCGCGACCCAGUGCGCAAUACCGUAGACCACCCACCUAUCCCAACACCAGCACAACCACCAAUGCCACUUGCGAAGAUCAGUGCUAAGUGCUAAGCCGGACCCUCGCAUCUGUCACGAAUCGCUGAUGGAUCAAAUCAAGCGCGGAGCCACCUUAAAGCGUAACCAGAAGAUCAACGAUCGCAGCGCUCCCAAGAUACAUUGAAUUAACCUAUAGGCUAAGCGAAGCAGCAUAUUUAUUACCAUAAUAAUUAAUCUAUGAAUAAUCAUGAGGCCCGACGCCUGCUCGACUGCAGGGCUCUGCAGAGUUUGGUUUGAAACUGAAAACUCGAAACACAGCAUACAACUUAAAUACAUAUGAUUACGAUAUAUAAUAUAUAUUCGAUAUACGAUAUUUAACAGGAGCAUUAAGCAUAAAUCGAACUAAUCAAUACCUUUCUUGAUUUCCUGUAUCCCAAAAAUGUGUCGAAAGGCUUUCUCUGUUAAGUGAAUACAAUAUGGAAGACAGUUAUGUUUAUGUUUAUUUAUAUCUGCAACUCGAAUUUAUCUUUAGAGAACCUUUGUUUGAAGAUAUUUUAUGUUUAUGUAUUUCCUGUAUUUAUAAUUUCCCUUGCUUAUUUAUGUACAUACAUAUGAAUAUGAGUUUAACAAACACUCGAAACUAAUCUGACGCCUAAUAAAUGGAAUUUAUCGUACAUGUUUUGAGUAUUUUUUACUUUUGAAAUUUAAUUUUUUUUGCAAACUGUCAACUUCAUGUCAAUUGGGCUAUGUCUGAGCGUAUUUUCAAAUAUAACCCAUAAAACAUUGUAUUGAAUAAAUAGAGUUAACACGUUAACAAAAUACUCGGUAUCCCACUGUAACUUUAAAAAAAAUCUAGAAAGAAGUAACGCAAUUUGAAAUGCUUUUAAGAACUAUAACUAUCUACUGCCAAGCGGAAAGGGGAACGUGGGAGAUCAGUCUUCCCCAGAAUAUUUCGCACCGACUUAAAGUGCUAUAUGAACAUGUUCAUAUCAUAUCAUUUCCAUUGGACUGAAUCUUUUAUUGCCAUUUUAAAUGCAUCCCCGAGUGAAUAGACAUUGCCCGUCUGACAAUGUUAAAUACUAACAAUAUCAUUUGUAUUCAUAUCAGUUCAUCAAACUUAGAACAAAAUUCAAUUUUUAGCUCCAGAUUUUGGUUGUUUUACACUUUAACUUCAACGGUAAACAUAAGGUAAACAUAUUUCCUAUCCCCCGAAUUCGAACCUUUUAAUACCUACAAGCGUACUAAUUAUAGUUGAUAGACUUUUUAAAUAUUUACAAAAUAUUUUGUAUAUAGGCUUUUCAAGGCUUCACCAAUAAUUGAUGAAUAUUGGCAAACUCGUAACCAAAAACGUGGCAAUAAUUAAGCUAUGACACUCUAUUAGAGUUUAGAAUAGACUCCAGAGAGAUUAUACAAGUUCGAGUCGAAAGAAAUACAUAUAUUUUUUUGGGCGAUCCAUUUUAUAUUCACCACAUAGCAGUGCGUAAUCACGAACGUUAAUAAACUGAGCCAUAUGCAACAAUUAUUUACACAUCUAAAUGUUAAUCCUAAAUCCUAGUGGAUCUGUGUUAACUGCAGAUCGAAGAAACCAAACCAGAUGUAACCUAACAAAUCAAAGUUGUAAUGCGUAUUUUUGAAUUCAUUUGCAUUUAGACGCGAGAAACAAUAAUAAAAUAAAUGUAAACGCAUUG